AGAAGGUUCGAAGAUGGCGGCGCGCAAGGGCCGGAGGCGCACAUGUGAAACUGAGGAAUCCAUGGAGGCUGAAUCCGGCGAACCAGGAUCCGAGGGCCCAUCCCAGGUCUACCUGCCCGGCAAAGGGCCGCCACCAGGCGAAGGGGAGGAGUUGGUGAUGGAUGAGGAGGCCUACGUGCUGUACCAUCGUGCGCAAACUGGCGCACCUUGUCUCAGCUUUGACAUAGUCCGAGAUCACCUGGGUGACAACCGGACAGAGCUCCCUCUCAGUCUUUACCUGUGUGCGGGAACCCAGGCGGAGAGCGCCCAGAGCAAUAGACUGAUGAUGCUUCGGAUGCACAAUCUCCAUGGGACUAGGCCGCCACCCUCAGAGGGCAGUGAUGACGAUGAGGAGGAAGAUGAAGACGAUGAAGAAGAGCGGAAGCCUCAGCUGGAGCUGGCCAUGGUGCCCCACUAUGGUGGCGUCAACCGAGUUCGGGUGUCCUGGCUAGGGGAGGAGCCUGUGGCUGGAGUAUGGUCAGAGAAGGGCCAGGUGGAGGUGUUUGCACUGCGGCGGCUCUUGCAGGUGGUAGAUGACCCCCAGGCCCUGGCCAUUUUCCUCCGGGAUGAGCAGGCCCGAGUAAAGCCCAUCUUCUCCUUUGCUGGCCACAUGGGUGAGGGCUUUGCUCUUGACUGGUCCCCUCGGGUGCCUGGCCGCUUGCUGACUGGUGACUGUCAGAAAAACAUCCACCUCUGGACACCCACCGAUGGUGGUUCCUGGAAUGUGGACCAGCGGCCGUAUGUGGGCCAUACACGCUCUGUGGAGGAUCUGCAGUGGUCGCCAACUGAGGACACGGUUUUUGCCUCCUGCUCAGUUGAUGCCUCCAUUCGAAUCUGGGACAUCAGAGCAGCCCCAGGCAAGGCCUGCAUGCUCACCACAGCCAAUGCGCAUGAUGGGGAUGUCAACGUCAUCAGCUGGAGUAGAAGGGAACCCUUCCUGCUCAGUGGUGGGGAUGAUGGGGCCCUCAAAGUCUGGGACCUGCGACAGUUCAAGUCUGGCUCCCCUGUGGCCACCUUCAAGCAGCACAUGGCCCCCGUGACCUCUGUUGAAUGGCACCCUCAGGACAGUGGGGUGUUUGCAGCCUCAGGUGCUGACAACCAGAUCACACAGUGGGACCUGGCAGUUGAACGGGACCCAGAGGCAGGUGAGACAGAGACAGACCCUGGGCUGGCAGCACUCCCCCAGCAGUUGCUGUUCGUGCAUCAAGGUGAGACGGACCUGAAGGAGCUACACUGGCACCCACAGUGCCCUGGGGUCCUGAUCAGCACCGCCCUGUCAGGCUUCACCAUCUUCCGCACCAUCAGUGUCUGAGGUGGCCAACACUUGACCUCAGGCCUUGGCUCUGCUUUGGAACUGGAUUGGUUAACUUGGCGAAGAUCGUUAGGCCUGUGUAGACUGUGCCCCAGAAAGAAUGUUCAACCUGGCCUACGUGGAAGAGAAGUGAUGGAUUCUACUGAGCUAGUAUCUCUAAGGAUUCAGAUUGACCUCUGUGUACUUUACACCAAAGACUUGGUUCGGGCGAAGACCCUUGCCUGUCCCAGAUAAGGCCUCAAUGUGAUAUUUCUGUCAGUGUUGACUCCUGGCUUGACCCCAAGGACCUCUGACCCAGGACAGUUCUGGCUGUUGAUUAACUUUCAGAACUUGAAGGAUUUGCCAUGGCUAGACCAAGUCUGGGUCUGGGUCACUCCGGUGGAAUUUAGUUCUCUUCUGGCCGAUUGCUUUUGGUUAAAAGCCAAGUCGGGGGCUCUCUGGGAUGCCCUCCAGUGCUGACCAGUGUUGUACUGGAGGAGGGUCUGGGGCUUCGGCAGUAAAGGACCACAAUAAGGCCCAAACAUGCGAGACACCAAUCCUUUGAGCCUCUAGCACUAUCCCCCUGCCAUCAGGGAAAGACCACUGUUCACCUCUGCUCCAGCGGCCCAGGCCUUGACCACCAGCCUAUUAAGGCAUUAUUCUUGGGGGAUGGGGACCCAUAUUUCCUCUCCUUUAUUACUACCUCAGUAUUUCCUGCUAAGGUCAGGAAGGGCUGUCAGUGACCUUCCUAUGACUAUUCCCAUGUUCCUGAUCCCUACUCUCCCUCCCUGCCUCCCACCCAUUAUCUGCACUGUCCUCUCCAGUCUGCCUGGGCCGCAGCCCAGUGUCCUGCCUGGCCAGCCUCCCCGGCUCCCCCUCUGCAGUGCUGAGCCGGCUCCACCCCUACCCCCCCCCCCCCUCUUCAGGCCCUGAUCCGCUGUAGCUCAGAGGUUGGGUGCCCCGGCUCAGGCCCCAGGGGCCGAGGAAAGACCUGACAUAUUAGCACCCACAGAGGCCCUCUCCAGCUGGGCAGAGGAACCCCCCAGUGCAGGGCAUGGGGGUGGGCGGCCCCCCCAGGUAAGUGCAGACCUGAGCCAACCCACCUCAUCUCCCUUCUGCCCCCAACACCUUCCCUACCAGCCAAAAGCUUCCCUGCCUCUAGUACCCCAGCCCUUGGCUUCCAGCUCUGGGCGAUACCGACUUCAUGAGUUUUCUCACUACCCAUUCUCCCUUGAGAGGCAGCCCCUCGCUCUCCCUGUCUGCUGAUAUUCAUGAGACAAGCCUCAUGUCUCUUCGAAUUCUUACUCGGGCUCUGCACAUGGAUGUCUCUGGGUUUUGACUCUUGUCUGUCUAAGUCCCUUUAUCUUUCUCUCUGGGUCUCUGUUCCUCUGAGUCAGUCUCUGCCCCCCUGAGUCUCAGUCUCCCCAGCAUUCGCCAGUUUCCCUAUCUGCAUCUAUGUCCCUCUGUCUUGGUCUGUUUCUUUGAUUCAGUCUCUGUCCUAAAACCCUCACCUCCUGGGUCUCCCAGCUUACUCCACUGUGACCUUUUGUUUCCCUAUCUGGGUCUCUGCCCCUCUCUCUUGGUAGCUGUUUCUCCGAGUCAGUCUUUGUUACUCUUUCAGAGUCUCUGUCUGUCCUCGGAUCAUCUUUGGGCCUAGUGACCCCAGUGUGGCCGGGUUGUCUGGCUGCUUUGGGGAUUAGGAAAGGACAGGAGUUUCCGUCCUUUGCUUUGUCAAUGGUCUCCUUUGGGGUUCCUUCAGUGCUGUUGCCACUACUUGGCAGGGGUAGGAGUGCCACCUUGUAUGGAUGGGAGGGGCGGGGUUUUUGGCUCCAGAUUAUAUAGUGACUUUGACAUGAA